UCGUUUAAACCAGUGCAUUUUUCUAUCGGGUCUAUUGGGAAUUUUUGAUUGUUUUUUUUUCUGCUGUCAUCCAUUAGUAAAUAGGAAAGAUGGCAGCAGAUUAUUGCGCUUUUUUCCCGUACAUUCGCGGAUCCGACAUUUUUCUUAAAAUUAAGCCUUUCCGUAAAUUUUCACUUAAAAGUUGUACAAAAACAUUGGUUACGGUUCAGUUUUACGUACAGAAUUUAUCGCGUGCAUCAUUUUUUUAAAUGAAACGCGAUUAACGUCGAGCAAAACAGAAUAUAUAAUAGUUUUUAUGUGCCGGACUUGUGUCAAAUACGGUGUACGACUGGAUAGAAAUAUUAAGGGAUUCUAUUAAACGUUACUCCUGUCAAUGUGAAGUAAAAGUUUUAAUGUUUUAUGAAUGGAAAAUGUAUCGCGAAUUGCUUAUUUAUAAAUAUUCUGUCGUUUUCAUUUGAAAUAUGACGAAAAUGAGGGCAAUCGACGAGAUGGAGCAAAGGGAUCUCCCGCAAGCAUUUCGCUUGCUCGGGGAGAUGAAUGCCAAUGUUUUGCAAGUUAAUCAACUUGUAGAUAAUAUGUUGAUUCGUGUAAAAAAUGGGGAGCUUUCUACAGACAAGGGUCUUAGUUUCCUAGAAAUGAAAUAUCAUAUGUUAAUUUCUUAUCUGAUUAAUUUGACUUACGUAGUUUUAAGAAAAUGUUCAGGAGAACGUAUAGAAGGAGAUCCAUCGAUCGAUCGUUUAAUUGAAAUCAGGACUGUCCUAGAGAAAAUCCGACCAAUAGAUCACAAACUUAAAUAUCAAAUAGAUAAGCUUGUUAAGACUGCAGUAACCGGUACUACUAAUAGUGAUGACCCAAGUAAUUUUAAAGCAAACCCUGAUGCACUAAUUGCCAAGGUUGAUGGUAUCGACGAUGAAUCUGAUAGCGAUCAGGAGGCUGAAGUAGAUGGUUUUAAAUCGAUGCAAUCAAGGAAGUCUAAUAUUUACGUACCACCGAAACUUGCUGCAGUACACUAUGAUGGAGAUGAGACAGUUGCAGACAAAAUUCGUAAAGCAGGGGAAAGAGCUCGUAGACGUGCAGUGUCAGGUACUGUUUUAAGGGAAUUAAAAGAAGAAUAUUUAGACGCACCUAUCGAAGACACGCAUGGUCUGAGCGAGAAACAAGUCAGCCUGGGUCGUGAGAAUAAACGGAAGAUAGAGUACGAGGAAACUUACAUGACGCGUUUGCCAGUUACUAAACAAGAAAAACACAGACGUCGUCAAAUGACAACAAUUGGCACACUUGGAGAUGAAAUCACAUCUUUCGGAGAAUCAUCUGCUGUGUCUGCUAAAAAGAGGAAAACUCAGAAAAAAGGAAAAGCUAAAAAGAGUUUCAAGAAAAAACGGCAUCACUAAAUCAACUUCACAAUAAUUUAAAAAGCUGAAUUUCGUACAGCGUUAAUAAUUAAGGUAAAACGCAAAAAAUUUACUUCAAUUCUUCUUGAAAAAAAGCAGAUGCCAUUAAUACUCGUUAAUAAGUUAAGCUAAAUAACUCAUAACAUCUAGUAAUAAAAAAAAAACAACCGUCGACGGUGAAGUAAAAUAGCACGAUGGUAAUUUAUUACUGCAUAAGACAUACUAAUGGUCGUGUAAUUGAUAAUUAUAGUUAAUAA